CAUCACAUAAGAGCGACGUCGCUACGAACGCUUGGCCGCCACAAGCCUGCCAUCAUCCCAGUCGACAAAGCACCCAUCGAAAUCACACGUUCAAGUUGACAUGACCAAUCAGAAUAUCACUAGCAAUGUUGGUGGGGCCGCUGGUGGUAGGCGCCGCUUGCGAUGCAACUACGAAAUGUCAAAGAUGUGGUCAUAAGGCCCGUGUUUGCCGUGCCAGCCUGGCUGCGACAAUGGCGGGGAGGUUGAAGCAGAUAGGGGAGGCAAGAAUACUCGAGACUUCUAUCCUAAGUUAUGAGAACAUUUAGGUAGUCCUAACCUAAGCUUAGAGGACUCUUUACUAAGUUUGUUCUAACAUGUUGUUCAGCAGAUGCAGAUAUGACCAAUGCUUAUAAAAAAAUCAAGGGUGUCUGGGAGGAUCACUACUGUUUACCCGAGGCUUGCGGAGUAUAUACAAAGCGUUCACGAGGAAUAUGCUUUCUACAGAAUGAAGCCAAUCUAUUACCCUUGCUCAACUGAGCCUAACGAGCCACUAAAAUCAUCAAAGCUAUCGCAAAUGUCAUCGAACUGGUGAUGGUAGCUUUGCCCAAGCAGAGGAUGCCAUCGCCCCCGAUAGAGGUACCCUCGACCCCGUCAGAGUCUACAGCCCAAUCCCACUAGAAUGAUCACAGCGAUGGAGAUAGGCGUGCUAGGUUCGGCAACAGGGAUUUGCAUGAUCAAUAUCAUGCAGAUGGUGAAGACCAUGGUCAACCCGGUAUGCCGCAUCAAAAACUUGUCGUAGGACUAGUUUAUGAGCAUCAUGAGGCGAUCUUGGUCAUUGAGCCAGGUGUUAGGGGAAUGGCCCGGACGUGGAAACCUGUGUGCCAUCCUGAGAAGCCCAGGUGUUCAAAGAAAAAUAUCAAUUCAACAAUCGCUUACCGAGAUCUCACUACGAUGGCCGCAUAUUGGCCGAUCUAAUUAUCCGAAUUCUGUCUUAAGAGAAAUCACAAAUCCAGCAGAACUGACAGAGGCGCAACGAAAGGGGAGGGGGGCCAUAACAAGUUCAGAUCUUGGUUUGGACAGAACCCAGCCACGAUCACAUGCGGUGCGAGGUUUAACUUAUCAACGUUACUAUUAUUCCUGCUCAGAGCUGCUAUUAGAAUGCAUAUGAUCGUAUCGUGCAAUUGGACCAGACAAGACUUUUUGCCCCUAUAUCGACUCCUUUUUGGAAGCAAACACACGUCUGGACCAACACUGCGGACAGAGAAAUCCAAAUCUUACCAACC